AUGAAUUCUAAAUCUCAACUAAAUGUUGCUCAAAUGGAAGAGGAAAUUUAGGCUUUAAAAGACUAGAUGAAGUUCCAAGAAAUGUUAUCUUACUGUGAAGUAGCAUUGAAAAACAACGAAAAAUAAUUUAAUUAAGCAUUACCCAAUUCUGUGAGGUAUCAAGGAACUGUUUAUUAUUACUGUAAAAAAAAUGAAUAUGCCAAUAUAAUAUUAUAUUUAAUUGAGUAACAAUCCUUUGCAUUAGAGAAACUAGAUAAAUUCGAAGAGGCAAUAAGUUGUUGGAAUAUCGCUAUUCAUAUGAACAGAAAGAACAAAUCUAAUUAUGAGAAGAAAUCAAAUAUUCUAGAAAGACUGGGAAGAUAAGAUUAAGUAAUAUAAUGCUGGGAUUAAGCAAUUAAUUAUAAUAAGAAUGCUUUCUAUUUUUAUGAUAAAAAGGCAUAAGCAUUAAAUAAGUUUAAUAGACUCUAAGAAGUUAUUGAAUGUUGGCAACAAGGAAUUGAAAAUAAUAAAAAAAACAUCGACUUUUAUAUUUAAAAAUCCAAUGCACUAACAAAAUAGGACAGAAUUGAAGAAUCAUUAGAUUGUUGGGAGUUUGGAAUAAAGAACAAUAUAAAAGAUUUAUCGUUCUAUGUACAAAAAACUUAGGUUUUAGAGAGUUUUGGGAGAUUUAAGGAAGUGAUUGAAUGUUGGGACAUUGGAAUCUAAUCCAAUACUUAGAAUGAAAACUUCUAUACUUAAAAAGCUAUGGCGUUAGAGAAGUAAGGUAAAACCGACGAGAUCAUAGAUUGUUGGAAUUAAGCCAUCUUGAAUAAUAAAGGCUGUAGCAAUUACUAUGAAUCAUUAUUGUCUUUCUUAGAAAGAGUUGGAAAAUUUGACGAGAUGAUCAAUUGCUGGUAUCAAGCUAUAAAUAAUAAUAAAAAUAAUUACAAAUUUUAUUAAAGAUGUGCAUACUUACUACAAAAGCUAGAUCGAAUACAAGAGGCUAUUGAUUUAUGGGAUUAAGGGAUAAAAUUUAAUACAAAUUCAGAAUUAUUUUAUUAAGAGGAAGUGAAUCUGUUAGAAAUAUAAGGCUAAUAUUAGUAAAUAGUUGAUUGCUGGAAUAAAGGGAUAGAGAACAAUAAGAAAAAUUAAUAUUUUUAUUAACAAAAAGCAUAUACUUUAGAAAAGGCAGAAGACUUUGAGUCUGCCUUAAAGUGUUGGGAUGAAGGAAUUUAAAAUAAUAUUCAAAGGAAGUUUUAUUAUAAAUAAAAAGCAAUUAUUUUAAAUAAAUUGGGAAGAAUAAAUGAAUUAAUAUUGUUGUGGGAUUAAGGGAUUUAAAAUAAUAUUUAUGACGAUUAUUUUUACAGAAAGAAAGCUAAGAUUUUAGAUUAAUUAGGAAGAUCAGAUGAAGUUCUUGAAUGUUGGAUGAGUGGAAUAAACAAUAACACAAAUCAAGAGAUUUAUUACAAAUAGAUACAAAAAUACUUAUUGGAAAGCAACAGAGAAAUGAAAGAGAAAGAGAUAAUGCAAGUUUUGGAUUUAGGAAUUGAAAAUAAUUAGGGUAACAUUAUGUUUUACCAAUUAAAAAUAAACGCUUUAUAAAAAUAAAAUAAAUACGAAUAAGUUAUUGAGUGUUGGAAAUAAGGUGUCAAUAAUAGUUAUAGUGGAUAUUAAGAAGAAUUUUAGUCGUAGUUAGUUCAAGCCUUAAGAGAGUAGAAAUUAUUAAAGAAAGCAAUUAUUGAGCUACGUCUACGGGAUUUUCAAAACAUAAACUUAAUUUGGAGAUAAUUACUAAAUGAGUAUUGAUAUUAAUUUUGAACUUUUAUAUUCUAUUAACGUUAAUUUAAUGG